CGACGGUGCGGGGAGCGGGGAGCGCGGCCCUCGGAGCGCGCCGCCGCCGCCUGCGCGCCUGGGUUGUCCUACACCGUGAUUUUACUUUUUUCCCUUUUUUAUUUUUUAUUUUUAUUUUCUUAUCACACUUCCCUCUCGGGACUGGAAGCAGGAUCCGCGUCCCUGAAAUUGCUAUGCCAGCUGAACUCUCCCGGGCCGUGGGAAUGCACGCCAUCUCCGACCUGCACUCCUCCCUCCCCCUGCGGCUCCUCAACAAGGGGCCCGAGUACCUCCGCAGGCAGCUGGAGGCCGGCAAGCCGGGCAGGAAAAGUGCCGUGGAGAGACUGGCCGCCGAUAAGGCCAAGUACGUAAAGAGCCAGCAGGUCAUCGGCACCACGCAGGAUCCCGUCAUCGCGCUCAGCUCAGCCUCGGAGAGCAGCAGCGAGACCUGUUCCGUGCAGAGCAGGGCAGCGAGCAGGGAGCUGGGCAGAGGCGCGGGCGCGAAGCCCCCGGAGCUGGGCACGGCUGGGCAUGGCUCCUGCCCAGCCCCCCUGCAGCACGGCCCCCCCAUCGCCCGGCGCAGCACCAAGAGGCAGAUGCGGCCGGAUUCCCUGGUGAUCUACCGUCAGAAAUGUGAGCUCGGGAGAGGUCAGAGCCAGGACAGCUCACGGGGGAACUUGGUGAGGAGGAUCUUCCAUGGGUCCAUAAAGGAGAAGCAGUUGGCUUCCCCUGCGUUGCCCAGAGUCAUGGAGGACAUCGCAGCCACCGAGAGCAGUGAGCCUCUCUCAGCAAAAGAUGGUGACCGUGAGCCAAGCGACCAUGGAGCGGUGCAGACUAUCCCUGUGAGCACUGAAGGGACAGGGGUAUGUACAGAAGAGCAUGAGAGACCCUCAAAACUGAGUACACCUCCUGAAGAGGUCAAGGAGGUAAAGAGGAGAGGUCUCCAUCGCUCCCAGUCAGACAUCAGCUCUCGCUACUCCAAGUCCUUCGCUGAGUUUGAAACAUUUUUCAAGUACUGUGGCCUGGAGCAGGAGGUCAUUGAGGAUCUUGGGAGCGAGAACUUCUCUGUGGUGUCUGACAAUGUCUCCUUCAAGAUCCGCAGCAUCAGCGUGGCGACGUCGGAGAGUGAGUUCACGAGGCACAGCGGGGAUGAGGGGCUGCUGGAGGACGAACUCACGGAGCAGGUCCCCAGCAGCACCUCUGUGAUUGAGCGCAACGCUCGGAUAAUCAAAUGGUUGUACACGUGUAAGAAAGCCAAGGAGACCAGUAAGGUGAUCCAGGAACUGGUGUGAUGGCUUCAUUCAGCGUGCGUUGGAGCCUGGUGAACUCAAGAAUUGUUGACUUGGAAGUUGAACAAAACCAGACACAGGAAGAAACUGUUCCCUCAUCUGGCUUAUGUGUACUUUCUCCAAGUUUAGUAUUUUGUUAUUGUUUCCUACCUUCACCCCCAUCCCCUGGAAACCUCAAUCUUGUCAAACCCAAGGGUGUCCAAGACUGCAAUGAAAAGUGGAGAUUGUGAACUGUGCCCCAGCAAGACAGCGGGAAACAAAAGCCCCUGGAAAAUUGAAGCGUGGCAGCAGCUGCCAUCCACAAUAAUAUUCAACAUCAGCUCACUGCCUCAGGAUGUCAUUCCAGGCUGUGACGGAAGGUCUGUUUUGUGCACCCAUCUCUUUCCAGCAAUGAAUUUGUCAACAGGGAUGGGGGGGAGAAAGUGGGAAUGAAGUGGCAAUGACCUCUGGUUCAGGUGUUCACUUGCAAACAGACUCCACCUGGAUGUCCAAAGGCUCUGCCUUACCAGGGCUGUUUGAUCAGAGCUCACCCUGACAUCAUUCACCCUCAUUUGCUUGGCUGGUGCAGACUAACUGUGGUGGCCUUAUAUGAGAUACUUGGCAAACAUGUAAGCUUAAAUCCCUGCCAAACCUCUCUUUCUCUGAGAGCAUGCAAGCCAAAUUGGUGUACCUUGUAUCCAUCUAGUUUGCCCUUGUCAUUUUGUCACACAGCUUGCUCAGCCAUUGGGAAAGAAUAGCACCAAAUACUUCCAGGAGCAUGUUUCCAGGAAGCAGGUAUUGAGGGGGGUUUUGCAUUGUUUCUGCCAUGCAGAACAGUAUGAUUUGUUUGCAAUAUGUGCCUGUCUCUGGCAUGGCAAACAUUGCAAGGUCUGGCAGUCAUGGUGCAACACCUUUAGUUUUAGGCAGUGAGUGAGCAGGCUGUUACAGAAUGGCAUUAGGGAGCUGUGCCGGGCUGUGUUUAGCCACAUUUCCCCAGUGUGGGUCUGCAGUAGGGCUGUGCAAGGCGGCAUCGCUGUGCUGCAAGGAGGCAGGAAGGCGUGUUAAGGCACAGCCAGGCCAGGGAAUGUCCUGAUGACACGCAGCGUAGACAGCACCUCACUCAGUGUCAUCAGUAAAAUGCUUCAUUUGGGCUGCCUGAGCUAAACAUGUUUUAAAAGGUGAUACUUGGAUCAUUAGUGUAGUGAAUGAGGCCUCUGCAGUAACUCGUGGAAUUUGUUGGCUAUGCCUCAAACACCCCAAUUUGUCAUUGCUUGCUAGAAAAUCAAAGCAUUUCUAUAUGGACAUUGCAAACCACAAAACAAUUAAAAAAAAAAAAGCCAAAGCCACUUUCCCUUUCAUUUGCAGUGAUAUCCAUCUGUGAAAGCUGCCUGACUGGCACAAUGUUGACUUCAGCUGUUGGUCCUGCAGAGGUUAAAAGUUUACUUUGUGUUACUAUGGUUUUGGAAAGUUGCCCUUGAAGACCUCAUCGACAUCAGCUAAAUAUCAUCUGAGUUGCACUUCCAUGGGUUUUAAAUGUGCCUGUCAGUCCUUGGAUGGUUAGUUCUCAAUUACAGCACCAGUCUGGAAAUGCAGUGUCUUCUGUUUCUAGUGUUAGGUACUAAGGCCUACGUGUCUGAAGUUCUUAAGAUAACUAGAUAACAAUUCCAGGUAAAAUAAUUGUUGAACCCGCUUUACAACUGGGAGAAAAGUAAGUAGUUUUUGUGAGCUCCUUCAAACUUAGAAAGAAGGUAGUAUAUGUGGAUAUUUUCUUACGUAAUGAAAUCUCCAUAUAUAUUUGUUACAUUAUUAUAAAAGGAUGAUUCUCAGAAAACUUCAAGAUGCUGCUAAUAAGAUUUAUACAGUGAGGGUGCAAGUUUUUAAGGAUCACAGUCUAGGUUUAUUAGUCAGGAACAUAAUCUGAUGUAUCUGUUCGGUUCAUGCUCCCAGCAAGAUGCUGUACCACAUAUAUAUUUAUAUGUCAGAGCUAAGGAAUGCUUUUCUUCAAAAACAUGGAUGACUGUAGAUAGCUCAGAGUGCAGAAAAAUCUUUUGAGUUACAAUCCAGUGCCCUGCCACAGGAGAAGAGAAUUCAUUUGUUUUGUUUCAAAGGAAAAUUUUUGUUUCGUUUUCAAACUUCUAUUUGUUGCUCCUCUGUCAGUUAAGCAGCUUUCAGAAGUUAAGAUGAAAGAUGUAUUACUCAUGAAUUUUCAAUAUUAGGAAGAAAUAUGUUUAAUUUGCUUGAAAAUAUUGAACACCAGCCUUUCUGAAAAUCGAUGAGGGUUUUAUGGCACAGGCUAGUGAAAUCAGAACUGGACCCAUUCUGAAUACUUUUUUAGUUCCUCUUUUUGUCUUUGUGGAUAGUUCAGUAGGGUUCAGGUGACUUUCCACACUGAUGUGGCAGAAUUUCUCUGGCUUUGUUCAAACUCUGUAGGAAUCCCAAGCACUCCCAUUUAUUUCAGAGGUGAUGUGGACCUGUCUAAGAUCCUUGCCUGUUAAACUGUGGAUUCUCUUUAUUUAAUAAUACCUUCUGGGGAAGCUAAUAAUUUACAUUUUCUAUAUAUCAGAACAAAAAUAGAUGACACCCUUCUUUCCCCAAACAUUUUGGGAAUGGCUAAUUCAGUGCUUUUUCCAAAUGAUGAGAGUUGUGGUGUUCAUUCUGCUCCUGUUACUGUUACGUGAAAAGGGUUCUCCUUUCUUCUGCUGGUCUUUCAGUCAUAUCCUUCAAAA